AUGGCUCCCAGCAGGAUGACUAUGAGCCGACAAUUACGAAAUUUCUUAUACCUCCAUGGGGAGGUGGGGAAGAUCCAGAAUCAAGUGAGAGAGACAGAGCUCAAACUCUCCAAAGGUAGAAAAGGUAAAAAGUUGGCUCCAAAUGAAUUGAAGAGGCUAGAAUUGGAGCUAGAGGGUCAGUAUCAAGUUCUUCAUGGUUUUGAGACAAAGCUUAAUAGGAAAGUUGAGACCCUUCUUCAACAAAUGGUAAUUAAAAUUUCAUUGGUGGAAGAAGUAGCAGUUUUAUCUUACUUGAAGAUGAAGGGAUGGCGUGGCAGCGUAGAGGUGGAUGCGGAGAGGUGGCAGAGUAAAGCAAUAGAGAUGGUGUUGGACAAAUCUCUGCCCUUUACUACCACGAACCCCAUUCCCAUUGCUUUCUCUUCUAUGGUCUCUGUGAAGUUAACCCUAAAUAGCAUCUCUCGGGUGACAAAAUUCAAAUGUGGAGGAUUUGUUCUAGGGAUAUGCGUGAACCAUGCUAUAUUUGAUGGAAUUACUCCUAUGGAAUUCAUAAACUCACGGGGUGAAAUUGCCAGAGGCUUGGUCCUCAAGGUUCCUCCAUCCCUAGAUAGAACCAUAUUGAAAGCUAGAAACCCACCCAAGAUCGAGUUUCCUCAUUACGAAUUCAUUGAAAUCGAAGAUAUAUCAAACACUGCAGAUGUAUACAAAGAAGAAAAAAUGGUGUUCAGAUCAUUUUGUUUUGACCCUGACAAACUUGAAAAGCUUAAAAUGAAAGCCAUGGAAGAUGGGGUUGUAGCCAAGUGCACCACAUUCAAAGCACUCUCGGCUUUUGUGUGGAAAGCUCGAAGUCAGGCUCUAAAACCAAAACCUGAUCAACAGACAAGACUCCUCUUGGCUGUUGAUGGACGGUGUAGAUCUAACCCACCAAUGCCACAGAAGUUCUUUGGCAAUGGGGUUGUGAUAAAUUAUCUUUGUAGUGCAGGUGAGCUAAUUGAGAAGCCAUUGCCAUCUGCAGUGAGACAAGUUCAGGAGGCAAUAAUGGUGGUGACGGAAAGUUACAUGAGGUUUGCCAUAGAUUAUUUGGAAGUAAACAGAAGAGCUAGACCUUCUCUUACUGCAACACUUUUCAUCACUACAUGGGUUAGCCUGUCUUUCCACGCCACCGACUUUGGAUGGGGAGAGACCCUAAAAAUAUAUAUAAUUACCAUUGAUAGAACCACGUGA